AUGAGCCGCGUCGACGGCGUCGCGUGCGCGCCGGGGAGGCGAGCCUCGAACCCGAGUAAAACGCCCACUUUCGGCGGUGCCUUACGUCCCGGCAAAGUGGCCAGCGGCAGGGCGGGAGGCAGCGCGCAAGGGACACGGGCCGCCUGCAGCUGCUUCCACUACUCCCGCUGCUCCUCCUCCACCAAGGGGGCCUCCCCCAUGCAGGGCGCUGCCGCCGCCGCCGCCGCAGCAGCAGCAGCAGCAGGUGGCAAGUCCACCGGAAAGAGAUGUAAUGCCGUUUUCAAUGCCCCGGUUCGCUACGUGCGGCUCACACCACGGGAGAGGCGUGAGCGACUCUACGCCUACUACGCGGCGAAAAAGAUUCUUCAGGAGGAGACUACAGGGACCAACCCCACACCUGCGUCCUCCGACGCCUUUCCUCCUCCUCCGCCUGCGUCUGGAGACGUUGCUGACACUGACAACGCCACGAGUACUGCUGCUGGUGUUGCCUCUGAGGGAACGCUCAGAGAUGCUGCCCUUGACGCAAGGGAGCCCGCCUCCAAAAACAUGGGGGCAGAGGCAGCCGCCAGGAAUGAACAUUUGUGUUCCACAGACGGGCAAAUGCCGCGUUGCAAGGACCCGGCGAGUGCCGAGAGGCGGUUGCGCGAGCAGCUUCACUACCUCGUUGACCUCUACGAGAAAUACUACGGAAAGGCAACGCUGGAGUGGUGCAAUCGAACCUUUCCGGUGCCUGUGCUCUCGCAGCUUGUACCAGAUCCGGACGAACCCCAGCAGCAGCAACAGGCGGGGGAGGAGGAGGAGGAGGAGGCAAAGGCGGAAGCAGCCGGUUCCUCCGCAAACGCUUCCUCGCGGAGUAACGUGUCAUCACCGGCAGCUGGGGAUGACGAGGAGGCAAGGAAUUUGGAUUUUACGCUCUCUGCCCGGCACGGGGAGUCGAUUGCGAUGAUGGCUAAGAUGCCCUCGUCGUAUCGGCUGGGCUUGCCGGAGAUCCUCCGAAACGACGACGAACGUGUCGACGAGGCGCCGCGUGACCCACUCGUCAUUGAGCAGGAGCGCCGCACUCAAGCGGUACGGCGACACAUCCAGCAGACACUUCGAAGCCUUGAUUUGGGCUCGCGGCAGUCGGUACAGGAAAGAGGCGAUGAAACCAGCGGGACCUGGGCUGCGGCAGGCUUCAAAGCCCACCACCUUGAGGGCAUGGCAGGCGUCUGUGAGACGCUGCUUGAUACGCCGGUGGAAGCAACCCCGCACAGCCAUGUCAAGCGGCUGCUAAAAUUCCUUUGGGAGGAACCCGCGUUGCAAAAGUGCGCCGAGGCUGCCGCGCGCCUGGUGACCUAUGUCCUCAUGCGUUCGCUCCCCGUGGAGCUGUAUGAGGGGGAUCCGGAGGACUACCGCGCCCUGCGUGAGCGCAGCCGGGCGGCGUCUGCUGCUUCGUGCGGGAAGAGGCAAGAGACAGCCGCGGAGAGUGAUUGGAGGCCCUCGUCUUCACGAGCACCCUCACCCCGGCCAACGCAUCCGUUCUGUGGCUCCUGUGGCUUUAGUGGAGUUCUCUCAGAGACGAAUACGACGCUGGCGGCAUGCAGCUCGGAAGCCGGGGUUGAUGACCGCUACUUUCUUCACCAGGAUUCCAUGUCACUCACGCAGGCGCUGCAAAGCGUGGCCCUUCGCAAGGGCAUCUGGCUCUCCUCCACUGUUCCCGUGAUGCAGCGUCCGCCUCUGCAUGCCUGCGGGCUUCCAAUGCGCACGGCACGUCACAUCGCAUUAUGGCAGCGCCCUCCCAAUUUUGCCAAGAGCGCCACGCUACAAAGCCGGGAGCGGUUUAUGGAUGGCACGUCCAAUACGGCUACUACUACUACUACAAUUCGCAAGAGCAGUUGCAAGUCGCGAGCAACGGCGUCUCGAGAGAAGGAUGACUGGCGCCCAAAGACGCUCGCACCACUGCUUAUUAUUGCCUUUGGCGGAUACGGCGUGGCGCCGUUUAGUACAUAUGAGACGCCCAUGUCAUCGGACGAGGCACGGCACGACAAUGGGGAUUUUGCUUCCGCAUGGGAUCACGAGACCGUUGAAGGGGGGAAUAACACGCUCCUGUCCGCAAUGAAUAACUUUAUGCAUCCAGAACCCGCGCUACUGCCACUGCAGUCUGUUAUGCAAGUCAUUCUCCAGAGCGUGCGCCUAAAUCGAUUGAUACGUACGGAAGAGUUCACUGAUGCCUUCCCACCUGUCACGUUUGAACUCCUAGCGGAUGUGGUGCAUAGCUAUAGAGCUUUUUUUCAAACUAUCCUGUCCGUGUCGUUUGAGGCAGACUCAUCUCGGUCCUUCUUUGUUCGCACCUACCGUGAGACACUGAUGAGCUGGGCUUCCAUUGUUAUCUGUGAGGCUGCCAUUGGGCACGCUGCGGAACGGGCUGGACAGGGACCUUCGAAGUUGCAGUGGACGGCUGGAAUUAUGCCAGAGAAGUUUACGGAGGAGCAGCUUGAGCAGAUUGUGCUUUCCGGCCUCGUCGAGAGGACGUUCCCGAGUAUGACGCAGUGGGAGUACGACGAGCGACUCUUCUUCCGCACCGUCGACACACUUCGUUCGGUGGUUCUUGAAACCGUGGGGCGCGUUAAGGGCGAAUUGUAUUUUCUCAUGACGGGCCUGGAUAGCCGUAAUGCCGUCCUGGAGCAGUACCGUGAAAUGCUGAGUCAGUACCGCGCGACGGAGGCGGCGAUGAUGGCGGAGGCGGAGGAGCGCCUGCAGGCGCGACUGCACGGCGAGAGAGGGAGCGCCGCGAACUCGGGGAGCAUCACGCAGGCGGGGAUGCAGGGGGAGCGGGCAAAGACGCAGUCACUGCCGCAGCCUCAGUCGGCCCCCGCAAAGGAGCGAACAUCCUCCAUGAACUACCACAUUGGCCUCCGCCGUAAGCGUCGUCCAGAGGCGAUACCGACACCUCCGUUCUCUGAAAGGGACUUUGAUGCAAACAACUGCACCAGUUACGAUUGCUUUCGCUUGGCACCCGCCUUGAUGCCGUGGCAGCCCGGGUACAAGUCCCACAAGGCCCAUCGAUACUUGCAUGAGGACAGUGUCCUUGGCGACAGCAAUUCGCCUUUGUACCAGCCAAUGCCGAGGCACUCACGCGAGUGCACGACAAACAUUUCACAGGAGGCACACUCCUUUGCCACAUGCACGUACCCGUCUUUGUUUGCGGCACAGGAACCAACUGCGUCGAGAAAUGAUGCCUCAGCUACAGCCUUCUCUCAGUCAGGAAAAAAGUCCGGGACGCCGAAGCCGACGCAGGCAAAGCGACAGACGUUGGCGGGAUCGGCGAUGCUGCGCGCAUACACGCCGGGUGCCCAAUCCGGCCGGUCCAUCCGACAGCCGAGUAAAUCGGAACUCCCGGAAGGCCUGACACUGCGGGCUGUGCGACGGGAACUCGUAUCCCUGAAAUUUCAGCAGCGGCGAUCGGCGGAGAGGUCGGGUAAUGCGCCGCGUAAUUUGUCGCCCGGUUCCUUCUCACCCGCCCCAGCGAAGACGGCGUCCAGCGCCGCCGCACCCGGCGACACCCCGGACCGCGCCCGCGAACGCGAACGCAGCCUGAGCCCUACGGCGGGGGGCGUUGCUGGGACAGUGCCUUCCCCGCCAACAUUGGGGCCUCGAUCAAAUUUUCCUACUGCUUCCACGCCCGAUGCGGCAGCGGCGCGGCCCAAGGGUGAUGAUGCGACACUUGCCGGCCUCGUUGGCUCCAAGCAGGCGGCCUCCGUUGCGCGACUACGCCGAGCCUGCGAGAACACGGCUCAGUUUUACCUGCACUUUCAGAAUGCACUGAACGAGGAUGGAGCUUCCACGCGACGCAGACGACCGGAGGCGCCGUGGUACUCCACGGGUAGCUUGAACUUCUACGAGCGUCGCGCGGUUGCGGUGAUUAGGCGCUCGCGGCAGGUCGCGGCGUUUGACUUGCGCCACCUCUCGCCCAUCACGGCCCUGGAGAGGUGCGUGCAGUGGCCUUCCCACAGUCCACCGCCACGCCACACCGCUGGCGCCGAGGAGGGGGAGGAGCGGCUAGACGGGCGGGGAGGGGACAGACGACGGCAAUUCUCUGCGUCGCGUUCGCCGUCGCCGCCCGCGCCGGCGCGCGAGGGCGUACACCCGGCCGUGGGCUCCCUCAAACCAAAAGAAUUGAAUUUGGGGGUGACGAUUGUGCCGUGGACGCUGUAG